AUGUCGUCUAAUUCACCUGAAAUGUUUUACGUUAUUCUAUAUGGAGUGAUUUCGGUUACGGUAGUUUCACUAUUGUCUCUUGGUGGUGCAUGCAUUGGACCACUGAUGGCGAAAGAUGCAAAACAUAGGUGGCUCCAUUUUUUUCUGGCAAUGGCGAUCUCGACCCUCAGUUCCGAUGCGAUUUUGCAUAUUAUACCGCAGGUAGUGGGAGCUCAUAGUCACAGCCAUGGACAUUCCCACGAGCACCAUGGAAGCUCUUCCCAUGAAAAUUGGUACACCAUCACAUCAACUCGCAAGAACCUGCUCCGACUCUCGGUGAUCGUUCUUUCCAUCUACGUUCUUUACUUUGUGGAGUUUUUCAUGUUCUACCGGAAAAUUCAUCUCCACUAUUGCUCACCUUCCACAAAGUCUCCUGUAAAGAGCCCAUCUGGAAUCCAAUCUUCACAUUCAAAUUCAAGUGGAAUUGAGGACAAUAAUAAUGGAGAAUCCAAAGAAAAACCCAGAGAAGAAGGAGGUCACGAGUUGAUUCAUUUGCGAGAGGAAGAAGAAGAUGGUGGUGAGAUUUGUGGACUUAAACCACGCGCUCUAAUCAUCCUAUUUGGUGAUGGAAUUCAUAAUUUAGUAGAUGGAGUAGCAAUCGGUGCAUCAUUUAUGAUCUCACUAAAACUCGGAUUCAUCACAACAAUCGCAGUGGUUUGUCACGAACUUCCGCAUGAAAUUGGAGAUUUGGCAGUGCUGAUUGAUUCGGGACUAUCAAUGGUCACAGCAUUAAUACUGAAUUUACUCUCCGCUCUAACUGCCUACAUAGGACUAUUUAUUGCAAUUGUUUUGGGAAAAGAUGAAGAAAUCGAGACAAUAUUAUUAGCAAUUACAGCUGGAAUGUUUCUUUAUGUAGCAUGGGCGGAUAUGCUCUCACAUCUUAAACAUGACGCGUUGAUGGCUGAUCAUUGGAUGGUGACAAGUAUUUUACAAUUAUCCGGGUUUACUGUUGGAUUUCUUCUCAUUUUUGGAUUAGGAUGGUUCGAACACUUGCUCGAAGGAUAA